UUGAUUUCCAGAAAACAAUAAUAAUUUUAUUUUUAUUUUUAUUAUUAUUGCUGCCGCCGUUGUUCCUUUCUUUGUGUCAUCUUUGGGUGGAAGAUUUCUCCAUCCGCCAUGAAAUUGGAAGCAAGCUCUGAAACGAUCCGCCCGCGUGCAUUUCUCCGCGACCUCGCCUGAUCCUGUCGCAAUCCCCACGUCGGCUUCUUAGAGUUAAUUUAGUUCCAAGAUGAAUGCCAAAGCGAAGAGGAGAAAUGUUGCGGAGAAUGGAGAUGCGAGCGAGGACUUGGUCCUUGCAACUUCGAUUAGCAAUGGCGAGGAUCUGGGCCCGAUUGUCAGGCUCGCAUUCGAGAUGGGGCGACCUGAGUCGCUCCUGCAGCAGCUCAAGACCGUCAUGAAGAAGAAGGAAAUAGAAAUUGAGGAGCUGUGCAAGACACACUAUGAGGAGUUCAUUCUUGCAGUUGAUGAGCUCCGUGGGGUCCUCGUUGAUGCCGAGGAAUUGAAAGGUGAGCUUGCCAGUGACAACUUCAAAUUGCAAGAGGUAGGGACGGCUCUUCUCGCUAAGGUAGAGGAACUUAUAGAGGCCUACUCGAUCAAAAGGAACGUGACGGAAGCUAUAAGGACCUCAAAGAACUGCGUGCAGGUCCUUGAACUUUGCUCAAAGUUCAAUGACCAUAUCGCCAAGGGUCAGUUUUAUCCUGCUUUGAAAACUGUCGAUCUGAUCGAGAAGAAUUACUUGCAGAACAUCCCUGUCCUGACCCUGAAACUGGCCAUCGAGAGGAGAAUCCCAGUUAUAAAAAUGCAUAUUGAGAAGAAAAUGAGCAGCCAGGUCAACGAAUGGCUUGUGCACGUAAGGAGCUCAGCAAAAAGUAUUGGUCAAACUGCCAUUGGACACACUGCCUCAUCCCGUCAGAGAGAUGAGGAGAUGCUGGAGCGUCAAAGAAAAGCAGAAGAACAGGACCUCUCUGGGUAUGGGGAUUUCGUUUGUUCUCUUGAUGUUGAGGAAAUUGAGGAGGACUGCGUACUUAAGUUUGAUCUCACACCAAUUUAUCGCGUGUAUCAUAUUCAUAUAUGUCUUGGGGUUCCCCAGCAGUUCCGUGAUUACUACUAUAACAAUCGGAUGCUACAGCUUAAUUCAGAUCUGCAAGGAUCUUCGUCUCAGCCUUUUGUCGAAUCUUACCAGUCAUACUUCGCUCAAAUUGCGGGGCAUUUCAUUGUUGAGGACCGUGUCCUGAGAACUGCUGGUGGACUUUUACUUGCUGACCAGCUCGAGACGAUGUGGGACUCUGCUGUUGCCAAGAUGGUGUCAGUGUUGAACGGGCAGUUCUCACAUAUGGAUUCUGCGACCCAUCUCCUCCUUGUAAAGGACUACGUUGCUCUUCUUGGAUCGACUCUUCGGCAAUAUGGCUACGAAGUGGGGCCCCUCUUUGAGGCUCUUGAUAAUAGUCGGAGCAAGUACCAUGAGCUUCUCCUAAAGGAGUGCAGGGAACAGCUCGUUAAUAUUCUGGGCAAUGACACGUACGAGCAGAUGGUGAUGAAGAAGGACACCGACUAUGAGAGCAACGUGCUAUCCUUCCACCUGCAGACUUCGGAUAUUAUGCCUGCAUUUCCAUAUGUUGCCCCGUUCUCUGCCAUGGUCCCUGAUGUUUGUAGAACUGUUCGGUCCUUCAUCAAGAGCUCAGUUGAUUACUUGUCGUACGGUGCGCAAGCUAAUUCCUAUGAAACAGUCCGAAAGUACUUGGACAAGCUGUUGAUUGAUGUAUUGAAUGAAGCUCUGCUUAGCACAAUCGAGAACGGUAAUAUUGGUGUGUCUCAAGCAAUGCAGAUUGCAGCAGACAUAUCUUUCCUCGAGAGGGCUUGUGAUUUUUUCACACGUCAUGCUGCCCAAUUAUGUGGUAUCCCCACUCGAGCAGCCGAGAGGCCUCAGCGUAGUUUAACAGCGAAAGUCGUUCUGAGAACUUCACGGGAUGAGGCUUACCUUGCUCUGCUGAACUUUGUGAACUCCAAGCUCAACGAGUUCAUGGCUCUGGCUGACAAUAUCAACUGGACAGUGGAGGAGAUGCCUCAGGGAGGGAACGAGUACAUAAAUGAAGUUGUUAUCUAUCUCGACACUGUCUUGUCCACUGCUCAGCAGAUCUUGCCCUUCGAUGUUCAAUACAAGGUCGGGAUUGGCGCCUUUGAGCACAUCUCGAACACUAUUGUGUCCGCUUUUCUGAGUGACAGCGUUAAGAGGUUCAACGUGAAUGCAGUGAUGGGAAUUAACAAUGAUCUGAAGAUGUUGGAGACCUUUGCAGAUGAGAGGUUCCACAGCACAGGAUUGAGUGCAGUAUACACAGAGGAGAGCUUUCGAGGGUGCUUGGUUGAGGCGAGGCAGCUCAUAAAUCUUCUUCUCAGCAGCCAGCCCGAGAAUUUCAUGAAUCCGGUCAUUCGGCAGAAGAAUUACAACACACUGGAUUACAAAAAGGUGACGACAAUCUGCGAGAAGUUCAAGGAAUCUGCUGAUGGCAUAUUUGGGAGCCUCUCGAACAGGAACACAAAGCAGAACUCCCGGAAGAAGUCCAUGGACAUGCUUAAGAAGAGACUCAAGGACUUCAACUGAGAUCUCCCCAAGCUUUCCCGAACCCUCAGAAUGUCAGAAUCUUAAACCUCUUGCAUUCAUCCAUUGCGCUGGGAUUUCAGAGUUCUUUCUAAAGAACUAACUGCGUGGAAAAUAACCUCUUCAAAUAUAGUGUAUUUCAGGAAGUCUAGCCAUGGCGCCAACUCCAUAAAAACCAGCCCUGCCAGCCCUCGUCCGACCAAUGAAUCUGGUUUGUGUGACCAUAUCCCAGGGCUGGCUGACCCAGUCUAGAAUGAUUCAAGCAACCGAUUCGGCAACUGCCCGAUCCCUUAUGGUUUGGUAUGAGUACCAUCAAGAUAUGGAGCAAUCUAAAUUCUGGCAAGAGAAUUUCAAGAAAUUCAUACAAUUAUGGAGAUUGGAAAUGGUUGUUUGUUGGCAGGGUACUGACAUUUUGCUUAUUCAUUCAUUUAUUUUAAUUUUGGGAUAAUAAAUUAAUUAUAGCGGUAAUUGCCCCCCUUUGGUCUCAACUUGUAAGCGAGGAACCUCAACGCUAUCACGUAAUAUUAAUGAAAUUAUAGGGGUGUCAGUUGAAAACUCACCCAUUUAUUUAAGAAA